UUGCCCCUGUCUCGUGACAAGGGCUAAUACCCCUGCCUCCGCCUAUGCCAACUACAUAAUUGAGAUCAAUCUACUGAUAUACGCAACUUCUCUAUAAUAAUUUUCCAAUAAUAUACUUAAAAUAAAUUCAUUGUAAAAUGAUGUAAAUAAAGGCUUGUUCCAAUAAAAUUAAUUACUACUGGUCUCGAAUUUGGACAUUUUAAAUUCGAAUCGAUCAAGUAGCCCCUAGCUAAAAAAAAACUUCUAUCACCCUUAAAUUAAGCUAAAGUGCAGAGGCAUUCUCUCUCGCCCACUUACUUCUCUGCUGCCGCCGAAACGACAAUGAACUGUAAUUUUAUGUUAGUUUUAUGCACAGAAAGCACCUGAUGUAAUGGGUACUUAUCCCUGCUCUCAGUGUGCAAUUUUGGUAGAUCAACAAUUAAAGGUUCAUAAUCUUUAGCUUUAGUGCUUAACUGACUCGAGUAAUUGAUUACGUGGGCAUUGUUAGGAGGGUGUGAAAAUGGGAUCUGAUGUAUGGCUAAUAUCGUUUGUUUUGCAGUCAAAGUGGGUUUCUGCAGAAAGUGGUAAUAAUUCAGUAUUAUAUAACCCUGAAGCAGUGAAGCAUUGUAUUCUACUCCAGGAAAUUUUUUCUAAGAUUCUAUAUUUGGGUAUUUGGAGAAGACGUGGAGUCCAUCCAUCUCACCUAAUUAAGCUGCUGCCUUGUGGUUUGCAGAGUGUAAUAGUUCUCUUGCUAACUGCUGUUGUUGCAGUUAUGAACAUGGAAUUAAGGAAAUGUAAGACGCCAUUGAUGAUGAUGAAUAAUAUGUGAUAAACUAACUGCUUGCUAUAAUUCGAGUUGUUGGAAGAAUGUUAAUUAUGAAUUUCAUAUCAUCAUGGACACACGUAGUCUCAAUCGAAAGCCAACUUACGAUCUUGAAACUUGCAAGGCCUCAACGUAUAUUGUUUUAAGAUAAACCAUUAAUAUUGAGGGUUCGUGGAGAUACGAACACACAAUCAUCACUUAAGUCAAACCGGCUCUGAUAUCAUGUUCACAAAUAAUUUGAUCUCAAUAAGUCGAGUUGUAUUGUUUAUACUUUAUCCUUAUGAUCAUCACUUGAGUCAAACUUACGAUCUCAAUAGAUUCAGCGAAUUCAUAUUUUCAUUAAGGGUUAAUACACUUGCAUAGCCAUAAUUAUCCACUUUAUGACAAUAAUAGCCAAAUUUUGAAAAAUACACAGAUGUAGCCACAUUUUUUAAACUUGUUUGACUAAUUUAGCCAUUUCCGUUAAGAACAUUAACACCGUUAGAAAAAUUGUCAAUAACAUUAAAGAAAUGCUUAUGUGGAUGCCACUCAGCUUCCACAUCAGCUCCAACACACCAUUUCAUGCCACCUUGUCGCCAUGUCACAUUCAAUUUUCAAAAUAAAAAAAAAAUAAAACUAUUUUCACUAAAUUUGUUUUGUCCUUCCAUCGUAUCAUCUUCUCCGUGGUAUUCAUCUCCGUCGCCGCUCAGUUGCUUGAAGUCCGACAAGAAGAAGCGCCAGCGGGACAGAUCGUGUUCAUUUUCUCCAUCAUUUUCCCAGCUUAUCUUUUCACUAUGCUUUCGCAGCUGCUGCUCCUUUAUGGAUUUCUCAACCAUCUUCUCUCUCAACUCUCCGACUAGAUCUACACAACAACCACCGCCAUCUGCUGAAACACCAGCACUAACAACACUUCUUCAUCCUCUUCCUCUCUCAACCGCCAUCAGCGUCAUCAAUGUCAUCCUUCAUCCUUGCGGCGGAUAUGAGAGUUGGGUAGGAGAGACAGAUAUCCUACCUGCAAAACAAGGACAAGGCCGGUGGAGAAGAGAAGAAAUAGGGGCAAAGCCGACACUUGAGAACUGAGAUUGGGGUUCUUCUUAGGUCGAUUGAAAGAGAGAAGGGUUUGGAUCUGGGGUUCAUUGUCGUUUUGAGCUCUCACAAAACCAUUGUCGUCGGUUGCGUCAUCCGCCCAUCCUCUGCUCUUUUUUCUUAUCUCCCCAAACACCUUCCAUGUACCUUCGCGUCGGAUUUCCACCUCGAUCCUUUGAUACUUCUGCAAAUCUAUUGCAAACUCCAAAACCUAGAAUCAGUAGAUGAAAAAGAAUCCAAACCCAGAAACCUACAACGCAUAUCGAAGAAAACCCCAAAACUCCAAUCCUGAUUUUUCACCUUCUUCCCCAAUGAUUGAACUUGAAGAAGAAAUCCAGAACUACAAUCGGAGAAACCCAAAACUCUAAUCGAGGAUCUGGAGCCUCUGUUUCUUCGCCGAUGGGGAACAAAACCAGAGCAAAAGAGCAGAAUGCAGAUCGAUGAACAUGAACUUAUAGAGUGCUGCUGGAGAAGAGAUCGAGUGGAAGGGCAAAGGGACUGAGAGUCUUCUGAUGAUUUAGUGAGAGAAAGCAAAUGAGUGAUGAGAGGCUUUGAUUUCAGAAGCCUUAGUUUUGGAGAAUGAAGAAGAAAAGGACCAAGGUUAGGGUUACGGAGAAAGUGGCAGAAGAGAUAGAGAGGUAGUAGACGAGAGAAAGUGGAGAUGGAAAGAAUAAGAAGACAUAUGUAUCGUCGAUUAAGUUUAUCAGCGUAAUCCGAGCAAAAUGAAAAGAGAAAGACGGUGGACGGUGGACGGUGGACACCGGAGGGAAACGGAGGAGCUGGGUUCCGGCUUGUUGGCGGCAGAGAGAUGAAGUCUCGGAGAAAGGAAAAGAAGUCACUCUCUUCCUUCUUUCUUUUCUGUAUUUUGUAUUUUUCAGUUAAUUAUAAAAAAGAAAGAACAAUUCCAACAUGGCAAAGUCCAGAUAAAAAGUUGCCACAUCAGCAAAAAAAUGUUAGUCCAGUCAGCAUUAUUUAUGGUGCCGUUAAAGUUAUUAACGGAAUGGCUAUAUAUGUGUAUUUUUCAAAAAUUGGCUAUUGUUGUCACAAAGUGCAAAUUUGUGACUAUGAGAGUGUAUUUUGCCUUUCAUUAAAAACAUUCUUUUUUGUUGCUUUUCAUAUCAUGGAUUUUAGUUUUCGAGAUUUCAAAUCUUAUAAAAUCUCUAAUAAAUAUAGAGAUUCGAU